UUUCUUAAAGUCCAACAGUUAGUAAUGAUAUUCAUCUUUUGUUCAUAUUCUUGUUGCUUGGUUCACGCCGGAUCAGCCAGCUGAAAUUAGAAGAACGUUUUGAUAUAUCCAUUAGGAAAACUAUCCUGCCAAGUUAUCCUUUUCUUGUCAGUUCAUUCCUUUUAUCACCUGUGCUAAGCAAAAGCGAAACGUAAACAGUGUAUGAUGACUUUGUUCGACCUUUCAGCAAUUCAAACUGUCAGAGUCUCUAACCAAAUCUCUUUUCGUUUUGUGUACACCUUACUGGAAGAUUUAAAAACAAAGUCGUACAUUUUUUUUUUUUCCAUCCGAAUUAACGCGGGGCACCGGCGCGCGACCACAGAUGCAGCUUUAAGGAAUUCAGAAAACAAAAUAGUGAUGUGCAGUGCUGUUAGAUUCGAUUUUUUUAAAUUACUGGUAAAGCUAAGGCAGAUAAAAUGACUUCUUUUGUUGAGAGAUUUAUGCUUAAAAAGUAAACAGAAUUUCCUCUUAGACACUCACAGGAGUGAUUUGCAUAUUGUGUUUUUGGGAAAUUUUUCGUUUUGUUUGGACUUGGUUGUUCAACUCAUUUGGUCUUGUGAGAUGCUUUUUGACGGAUUUCCGUAAAGUUAGUUACUGUGUCGAGUUAAUGAUAAGUAUUUCAUGGGAGCACCGCUUUUAGGCUUUGCUAAAUCUAUAUAAAUCAUGAAUGAAUAGUAAACCAAUUUCGAUAUAUUAAAAUUCAGCCUAAAGCAAUAGACUUCAGCGCGAGGCUCUGGGAAAUAACAACAGAGUUUGUGGGGUUUAUUCCCCACAGACUCGUGCUAAGAUUUACUGUUUUGGGCUGAAUUUUAAUAUUUCGAAAUUGGUUUAUUUUUUAGCCUCAUUCACUCGCGAUGUUUCUGGUGAUUUAACUAUCUGGUCUAAUAUAGUGCGAAAUUUAUUUGCACGUGGAUUAGAAUGCGAUAAGUGUGGCUUUUGUUUCACUUUUGUUUGAACGGUAUGCUAGAUGAUGAUUAAUGUUUCCCCUUAUAAUUGCCGGAAACCUCUUUUUCUGUCGUAGCAGCAAUCUGUUUAUUUAGGGUGUACUGUCAAUCUUUAAAAACUGAACUCACAAAAGUAUUAAAAGCAUAAAACCAGAAACAACAUGCCGAGCGCAACGGCCAUUGUCUUCACGGCUGUCUUUACGGUCGAGACACUCGUCAUCAUCAUAGGAAACACGUUAACGAUUUUUGUUUUUUGGACUCACAGAUUCCAUCUAAAGGGAACUUAUUUUCUUCUCAUUAACCUCGCAGUUGCUGAUUUACUUGUCGGAGUCACAGAGUCGAAGGUCCUCGGCUCUGAGAAGAUUCCCAAUUUAAUUACAGAAGCUGAACGAAAAAGAAGCCGUGAUGUGAAUCCUACGAGAGCAUUUCAAGUCCUAGGCUUUACCUCGUCGGUGUUCUUCCUCGCCUUAAUCUCGCUUGAAAGAGUUUUCGCUGUGUUAUGGCCACUCCGUCAUCGGGUAACAAGCACACGCGCUUAUGUUUGCAGCAUUUUCAUGGCUUGGGCAGCUGGUUUCUCCAUGGCCGCGAUAUCGACUUUGCUACCGACAUACCACCCAGAGGUGAGCAAGGUGUCUGCUGUCACUGUCCAUUCGUGUCUUUCCAUAUCUUUGCUGGUUAUCUGUGCAAGCUACUUUACAAUCUGUAAUCAUUUGCGUACUAAAACACAAGGAAUUCAGGUCCACUUCCAAAACGCGAGGGAACAAACCUUACGGCUUUCAAGGACACUCUUCAUAGUAGUUGCUGUGUCACUUGUGGUUUGGCUGCCAGCUUUUGUAAUUUUCAGCAUAACAGCGUUCUGUCGUCGAUGUUUUCCACCGCAUUUGGUGUUGUAUGCGAAUGUUCUGCACUUGGCAAAUUCUAUGGUGAAUCCAUUCGUUUACAGCUUUAGGAUGCCAACAUUUAAAGUUGCCUUGAAGAAGCUCUGGAGGAAGCGUCAAAAAACAGUCAAGUUACGAACCGUUCCUGAAAAUCAAGAACGCAACUUUGACGGUAUUACCAAAGCAACUAUUGCUAACUACAAUGUGUAAGCCAGCUUAAAGUAAGCGUUUUCUUUGUAUUUCACGGUUACUGUUUCAUACAGGAUUCUGUAGAGGACAGAAUUCGUGGACGAUGUCUUCUUUGUGGACGAUAUCUUCAAAAUAUGGACCAAUUUUGGACACGUAACCUAACCGCCAAGUACAUGCUAAAAAAGACAUUUGGUUCAUGUUGAGCGCAAUUUUUUUUUCCUACGACAAAACAUUGAAAUUGAUGCCUGAGGGAUAGUAAGGCAGUACUCCCCAUUGAAAAGUUGAAUAUGAUCUAAGAUCUACUAUAAAGGCUUAGAAAUAGGUUGAGUUACUUGGCCACAAGUUGCAUGCCCUAUGCUUGUAGAAUGUUUUACAAUUUUUUUACGUUUAUUUGCAUACUGAAGAAGUUCCCUUAAUAGACAUUUGACGUUAAAAACCAACGAGAUUACUUUUAAGUGAAAGGAAAGCAACUGGAAUUAGCAUACAUGUAUAUAGGUAAAUUUAAAACAUGGGAAAUUCAAAAGGGAUAAAAUAUGUUUAAACUAAGCAUGACAGGAUAAAAACAACAGAAAUUAAAAAUAUACGAAGGUCUCAUAUAAGACUAUAGAAAUAUGUUAAAAAAGAGGUAGCUAACGAAUAAACUGGAAUUAAAUAUUAAAAUACCCUGCCUUAAACAAAUAAAUUUGGGAGGAUUCAGUCAAACUGUUUGUUUAAUGUUGGCUUUAUGUCUUUUGCAAAUGAUCUCGAAAAUUAGUCAGCCAGAUUUACUCUAGCAUUUCUGCCAGGUGUUGAAUAUCUCAUGAUAUCUCUUGGUUGUUAUUUUGUUCUCUGAUGUUACUCCCGGUCGUAGAUCCUUUGUGUUCGUCAAUGCGUCGAAGAGGGUGUCGUCAUAUGAAGCCAGCAUAAUCUGCAUAUAGCACACAUUGCAUUGAAGAUGAUCAGCAACGCAUUGCUGAUUCACAAGGGGCGGCUUUUCUUCUUUUUGUUUGAUCUCAGAUCUGAUUUUGCGACGAUACAAAUAUCCUUUUUUGCCACUUAGUCGUCCAAGUUAUCUUCGCAGUGAAUUGGUUGAUGUCCGGUCUUUAAAUGAUUGUAUAAUCUCGCAUAGGUACAUUGUUCUCCUCACAGGUUUGUUUGGAUCUUGGGCUUUUCGAAACCGUGAUAGCAACAGAAACAGUAUUAUGAGUAUCAACAGGCUUUACGUCAGUUGCUCAGAAACUACCCCAAAGUUCGUUUACAGCAAAUUCUUCUUAAUCCUUGCACUAAAUCUUUUCACAACUCUCAAGACCCUUGUACGUUUUUCAAAUGGUCAUUUUAUUCAUUUUAAUUACUGCUCAAAAAGCUGCAUUUAGGAGCAGACAAAAUUCAAAAUUUCAGAC